AUGACCCCAUAUAAUGCAGACACCACCGCCACCCAGCUGGUCAACGACUACGCCAGCCUCAUCAAGGACAAAGUCGUCCUAACAACCGGCGUCUCUCCCAACUCACUAGGCGGAUUCUUCGUCCAAGCCAUCGCCAAAGCAAAACCAUCAUACCUCAUCCUCGCUGCUCGCAACCCAUCCAAAGCCCAGCAAACAUCUCAAGAAAUCAUCGCUGCAGAACCAGAGGUCAAGAUCCGGACCCUCCAGCUGGAUCUCGGAUCCUUCAAAAGUGUCUGUGAAGCAGCUGAAAAGGUCAAGUCUUGGAACGAUAUACCCAUUAUCGAUGUGCUGGUCAACAAUGCUGGUAUUAUGGCCCCGGAUUACCAAAUCUCAGAGGAUGGCUUUGAAUCCCAGCUGGCAACGAACCACCUCGGUCCAUUCCUAUUUACCAAUUUGAUCAUGAGCAAGGUAUUGGCUUCGCAAAAUCCCCGGGUUGUCAUGGUGAGCAGUGAUGGACAUCGUCUCAAUCCGAUCCGUUUCGAUGACUACAAUUUCGACAGCGGAAAGACGCACAAUAAAUGGUAUGCCUAUGGCCAAUCAAAAACUGCCAACAUGUUGAUGGCCAUCUCGCUAGCUGAGAAGCUGGGAACCAAACACAAUCUCCUCACCUUUAGCCUCCAUCCCGGCGUAAUCUGGACAAACCUAGCUGACCAUUUGGAUAUGGAUACUGGUUUUGAUGGACUGCGUGCCGCUGACAAAACCCUGGGAAAUCGGGAAGGAUGGGGAGAAUUCAAGGCCAAGUCACUAGACCAGGGCGUGGCAACUCAUGUUUAUGCUGCAUUUGAUCCGAGAUUGAAGGCGCACAACGGCUCCUAUCUGAUCGACUGUCGCAUCGGUGAUCCUCUCUCGGACACGAUCAAGCCGUGGGCAACUAGCAGCCUUGAAGCAAAGAAGCUAUGGAACUUGAGUGAGAAGCUUGUUGGUCAGGAAUUUGCUUACUAG